UUUACUGAAGGUGGGGUUUAUGGCAGACACGACAGUGCCAGUGAAACAAGUAGGUGAAUGAUUCGGAACAGGCGAUAAAUGCGUUUAAGAUAGCAUAAAGAGACUGUGAAGGACUAAGUCACCGAGUGGUGGUGCCAGCUUGUGUGUGGGCAUCUUGUGGAGAACGCGAGGAAGGCAUUCAGAUAUGGCAGCCAAUAAGAGUAAGGGUCAGAGCUCUCUGGCUCUGCACAAGGUCAUUAUGGUGGGCAGUGGAGGUGUAGGAAAGUCCGCCCUCACACUUCAGUUUAUGUAUGAUGAGUUUGUUGAAGAUUAUGAGCCCACAAAGGCUGACAGCUACAGGAAAAAAGUGGUGUUGGAUGGAGAAGAGGUGCAGAUUGACAUUUUGGACACAGCCGGACAGGAAGACUAUGCAGCGAUCCGAGACAAUUAUUUCCGUAGCGGAGAGGGUUUCCUGUUGGUGUUCUCAAUAACAGAGCAGGAGUCUUUCACGGCCACUGCAGAGUUCAGGGAGCAGAUCCUGCGGGUUAAAGUAGAGGAAGAUAAGAUUCCACUGCUGGUGGUUGGAAAUAAGUCAGACCUUGAGGAUCGGAGGCAGGUUUCAGUGGACGAGGCCAGGGGAAAAUCAGAGGAGUGGGGCGUGCAGUAUGUAGAAACUUCUGCCAAGACACGUGCCAAUGUGGACAAGGUGUUUUUUGAUCUAAUGAGGGAAGUUCGGGCUAAAAAGAUGUCAGAAAAUAAGGACAAAAAUGGGAAGGGAAAGAACAAGAAAAAUAAGAAGAGCUUCAAAGAGCGAUGCUGUUUACUUUAAACUACUCAUGGACUUUUACACACCAUAUCAGCUUGCAGAUAUGUGGGAAACUCCAAGCAUUUUUUCCCCUUUAAAUUAAAACUUGAUUAGUAGGGUAUUGUACUGGCCAAGGUAAGCCUUUAUCACGAUUGCAAUCUUUCAUUCCCUAGCUCAUUCAAAUAAGACUAAAGAUAAAAAGUUAUUUGUUCUUUUUUUUAAUGGACAAUGACCACUAGUUUAAGAAGACUGUGGCACUUUAUAAUGGAGGUGGCCAUCAUGUGCCCAGCACUAACUUUAUUGCUCCAUAACUGUGUAAAUCAUCUUUAGUCAACAAAGUUACCUUUUUUUUAUUGCACACACAUUCUUGUUCAUUUUAAUCUUAGACUUUUAUUUCAGUGUUAGGAAUUAACACCUGUUGACACCAUUAUGGCAUAGAGAGCAAGUAAUCUUUCUUAGAUUAUAAUGUUCCAUAUUUUAGUACUGUGGUGUUCAUCUUUGAAAUUGUGUUGAAAAGCACACGUGAAUGAGGACUGAGUGCUGUAGCACAGACUAAUAGGGCCACCUGGUGGUUCAAAUGUACAGUCUUCAUGCCUGCAAGUUACUAAAUGCUGUGAAACUGAUUUGCCUUCAUGCUUUUCUUGUAUUUAAAAAAACAAAACAAAUCUUAGAACUUUUGUAGUUACAUUUCCACCAUUGACUUAUAAGAAGAAUGUGUAAUGUGUGAAAAUGUGCCAACAAAGAAAACAAUUCUCUCAGCAUUCUCAGACUGAAAGUUAUUUUGUUUAGUGCUCUUUAACUGUUGAGGUGCAAAAGUUUCACCAUUACUUUCCAACUGCUCUUUUAUAUAAACAUCACCUGACCUAGACUGUAAAUUGUAAUGUUGUUUUUCCACUGGCUUUUAGAUGAUAAACUUUGACGUUUGUUGCCAAAUAAAUAUUAUCCCUCCUUUGUAUCACUUGGACUUCACUGGUAGGACUCAAAGAAUUACACAGAUUAAACAAAAAAAUGCCUUAAUUUUCCAUGUUGUAAAGGGCCGUGCAAUUAAAAAUCAGAAUACCAGAAUAAUCAGAAUAACAUUUAAAUUGCUUUGUGGUAUUGUGUGAUUUAUAAACUGCAGGCAGUGAUUCAAAGAGAUGGCUCAUCCAAUAAAUGAACAUUCUGUCAUUUGCUCACCCUUACUUUGUCCCAAACCAUGACAUUCAAUCUUCUGUGAAUCACAAAGAUGCUAGAAUAAUAGCCUCAGUCACCAUUCUUAAAUUUUUUAUAUUCUUUCAUAUAAUCAAAGUGGUUGGUGACUGAGGCGAUCAAACAUCUCCUUUUGUGUUCCUAAGAAAAAGAGAAAAAAAAAAAAAGUAAUAUGUUUUUGGAACAACAUUAGGGCAAGAAAAUCAUGACAGAAUAGAUUUUUUAAGGGUGAACUUUCCCUUUAAAUAAAUAACUGAACUGCCAAGCAUUGCCCCAUGUUCAUUAAGUGAAUUAUGCACCAUUGCUCAUGCUAUUGUUUAAAUUCUAGUAAUUGUAGUAGUAGCACAAGUACACUAGUUGAUUAUUCAAAUGUAAUGUGAUCCAACAGAUUACUUUCUCGAUAGUGGACAAAAGACUUUGUCCACUUUCAAUUACAGUUACAAUGUGAAUGCAACAAGAAUUGGGUCCAUUUUUCAUGCAGUUAACUUUUGGGUCAACUGAAAGUGAGAGUUUGUCUCUUGAAUUUUCUUUUGAAAAUGUUAUGAAUUGCAUGUUUGUAGUUUUCGCACUCCCUGUUGAACAUGAGAGCUGCUUUAAAUGUGAUUUUAUGCCUUUUUCAUUUUAGUCUUUAUCUAAGUAGCAGUAAUGGGAUAUUAGUUUGAUAUUUUUUUUACAUUUAUAAACAUAGUAUAUAUCACAAUAUUUGCAAUCAUUUUUUUAACCAAAU